UAUAUGCGAAAAAUGUGCUUCGUAAGUUUUGAGUAGAGUUUUCUCUUGAUCCUUAAUGUUCUGGGGCGAACAACAAGCGAAAUGUGAUGAACACGUGUGCUUUUAGUUUAAAGGAAUUCGAAUUGCUGCUGGCGUGCCUGGCCAGCUGUGACAAGCAGUGCCCAUCCUUCUGCACACUGGAGUACAACCCUGUGACAGCACGCUGCAAGGGAGGUACCGUCACCAUGCAGUUCAGCAACAGAUGCAGGAUGGACGUCCACAACUGCGAGCAGGGCGACGAUUGCAAGGUGAUAUCAUCCGGUGAACAGAGCUGACGGUGAUCGCUUUGUACAAGAAGGCUACAGUCAACAUGCUGUUAAGAUUUGUGUGACGAAGAUAAUUUUGUGGUUGAAAUAAAACUGUCAAAACAAGGAA